UGCGACCAUUCUCUGUUGCGGCUGCAUGUGGAGGCGUGUUUGUGGAUUUUUUCCGUUUUAUCGCUGGAAAUGGCAUCAGUGGGAGACGCCGGGGCGAAAAGACAGAUGUUUUAUGAUAUCGAGUGUGUAAUAGAUGACUGUGAUGGUGAGCUCGGCUACAAGCCUCUGUCAGACAGCGACGAACUGGACGAGUCCGCGGAGGAAGACGAAGCGCGCGAGGAAGGGAUUGAUUCUUCUGAGGAAUGGGAACCAAUUACAGGACGCUCAAAAGCAAAGAGGCAACAAUACACCUCGUCAUCAACACCACGCCGGCGGGGCCGACCACGCAAAUAUCCCCCUUCUCUAACAGCGAGCAGGAGUUUCACUAUACACCCUUCUUAUUCCCCCUCCGGACCUCGACGAAGAGGCAGACCCCCUAAAGACAAACCUAAAACCGUACUCCUGCCUGAGCCCACCCUUUACCCCCAAAUCAUCCCUAAAACCAUUCCUUAUUCCUCACCUUUCCUUAAUUCCCGUCCCACCAAUAAAUUUAGCCCUAAUACAACAUCUGUACCCCUUCCUAAUAAUAUUCAGUCCAUUAAACUCUUAAAUCCUAAUUCUUCACCCAUUUACACUCCUAGUCCUAAAUCCAUUACAUUUAGCAUUAAUUCCACCCACAUACCCCUUACUAAUACUGUACCUAGCAUUACAUUUGCAUCUAAUUCCUCGCCCAUUCUCACUUCUAAUCCCACACCCAUUCAAUUCCGCCCUAAUUCCACACACGCCAUCACAGUCAACCUGAAUUCCUCACCCACGUCUCAUUCAACACCGAUAUCUUCCAGGCUAAUCGGUAAACCCACACAAGAUGGGCUUCUGUUAGACACAAACACAGUCAACAAGAUCAAUGAUUCGUUGAAAAAAAGGCAACCAUUGGAGGAGAAGGUCGAUUCAGUGGCAGUAAUACAACAGAUUCCAGAGCAUGAAACAUCACUUUUAGCAAAGAGACCACGACUCUCGCCACCAUCGCCUCCAGCCAUCACCCCACUACGCCGGAGAGGCAGACCCCGUAAACUCGCCCCUAAAAUCACAUCCAACUCCUUAGCUGAACAUGCAACUGGCCUGAUUUCCUCUGAUGAACCUGCAACCUUCUCCAAUCUCGCAGCUGAACCUGCAGCUGUGUUGAAUCCUUUAACCACCUUUAAUCCCACUAUUGAACCUUUAGCAUCCUCCAGUCCGACUUCUGAACCUGCAACCUUCUCCAAUCCCACAUCUGAACCCGCAGCUGUGUUGAAUCCUUUAACCACCUUUAAUCCCACUAUUGAACCUGCAGCAUCCUCCAGUCCGACUGAUGAACCUGCAACUUUCUCCAAUCCCACUGUUGAAUCUUCUACCACCUUUAAUUCCACUGCUGAACCUGAUGCUGCUUUUAAUCUCAUGCCUGCGAGGCUUCUGGCCAUCAGCCACUUUGACAACAGCAAUGAGACAACCACACCAUUACGCCGGAGAGGCAGACCCUGUAAACAUGCCUCUAAAAUCCAAUCCAGCUCAGCCGAACCUGCAACGGUCCUGACUCCUACUGCUGAACCUGCAACCACCUUUAAUCCCACUAUUGAACCUGCAGCAUCCUCCAGUCCGACUACUAAACCUGCAACCUUCUCUAAUCCAACUGUUGAAUCUUCUAGAACCUUAAAGUCCACUGCUGAACCUGCAACCACCUUUAAUCCCACUAUUGUACCUGCAGGCUCCUCCAGUCUGACUGCUAAACCUGCAACCUUCUCUAGUCCCAUUGUUGAAUCUUCUACCAUCUUCUACCAUUCCACUGCUGAAGCUGCAACCACAUCCAAUUCCACUGCUAAACCUGCAACCACUUUGACUCUCAUUCCCACUAGGCUUUCGGCCAUCAGCCACAACAGCAACAAGACAACCACGUCACUACGACGAAGAGGCAGACCCCGUAAACGUGCCUGUAAUAUCAACUCCAACUCAGGCGAACCUGCAACGGCCCUGAUUCCUACUGUUGAACCUGCAGCCGUGUUGAAUUCCACUGCUGAACCUUUAACCACCAUUAAUUCCACUAUUGAACCUUCAGCCUCCCCCAGUCCAACUGCUGAAUUUGCAAUCGUAUCUAAUCCCACUGUUGAAUCUUCUACCACCGUUAAUCCCAUUGCUGAACCUGCAACCACAUCCAAUUCCACUUCUAAACCUGCAACCACUUUUACUCUUAUGCCCGAUAGGCUUCUGGCCAUCAGCAACAAGGCAACCACACCACUACGCCGGAGAGGUAGACCUCGUAAACAUGCCUCGAAAAUCAACUCAGCCGAACCUGCAACUGCCCUGAUUCCCAUUGCUGAACCUGCAACCUUCUCCAAUCCCAAUGUUGAAUCUUCUAUCACCUCUAAUCUCAUGCCUGCUGGGCUUCUGGCCAUCAGCCACUUUGACAACAGCAACAGGACAACCACCCCACUGGACUGGAGACCUCAUAAACUCGCCCCUAAAAUCAACUCCAACUCAGCCGAACUUGCAACUGCCCUGGUUCCCACUGCCACACCUUCAACCACCUCCAAUUCCAUCAGCCAGUUUGACAAAGGCUGUAACAGCGAAAAGACCACCACCCCACUACACAGGAGAGGUGGACCCCAUAAACGCAUCUCUAAAGUCAGCUCCAACACCUUAGCUGAAUCUGGAAGCCCCCUGAUUACCACCGCUGAACCUGCAACUGUCUCCAAUCCAACUGCUGAACCUGCUGCAACUGUCUCAAUUUCUUCUGAACCUGUAAUAUUCUCCAGUCCCAUUGCUGAACCUGCAACCAUGUUCAAUUCCACCAGUAACAGCAACAGGACAACCACCCCGCUACACACGAAAGGCCGUAAUCACACCUCUAAAAUCAACUCCCAUUCCAAUGUUGAAAUUGCAACCACCUCUUCAACCACGGGGCCUCUGGCUGUCUGUGACAUUGACAGUCACAGCAACAAGAUCUCCAGCUCAGUACCCCGGAGAGGCAGACCCCGUAAACGUGCCGUUAAAAUCAUAUCCAGUUCCAUGGCUAAACCUGGAACCUCCUCCAAUCCCCCUUCUGAACCUUUAGCCACAUUCAGUCCCACUGCUGAACCAGCAACCACCCCCAAUGAAAUGGAAAUCACCCCCAGCUCCUUAGCUGAACCUGCUACGUCCCCCAAUCCCACUGUUGGACCUUUAACCACAUCCAGUUUCACUGCUGAUCCUUUAACCUCUUCUAAUCUCAUGUCUGCUGGGCCUCUGGUCAUCAGUGAUCUUGGCAAAGAUAGUAACAGCGGGAGGAUCUCUGAUUCAGGGAAAGAGGACCUGCGUGAGGACUAUGUGGAUUGUGCUGAAGAGCAGAACCCUUUAAUGGAGCAAGAUUCAGAACAUUCAACAUCACCUGCGUCAAAAGCACGAAGGGUCGAACUCGCAUCUAGACCCGUCUCUGAACCCACCACCAUCCCAAAUCCUAUCGUGACGUCAGCUGCUCACUCUCAACAUGAUGCCAUACCUGUACCCAUGCUUAAAUCCAUCCCUAACUCUAAACAUUCAUCACGACGCAGAGGUCGCCCCCGUAAACAUGUCCGUAAAAUCGCCCACAACUCUAAAAUAACCCCUCAACCCAUCCAUAAUCCCAUGCCCUCUGAACUCACACCCACCCCUAACCUCAACUCAACACCCAGCUCUAAAACCACCUUUGACAUCGACCCCAAAGGCAAAUUAACAUCUGCACAAACUACUUCUGCUCUGGAUUUACCCCAGGAAAAAGUAGAAAAUGCCCCUCAGCCAGAUAUGUGGCAUGAUGUCACUGUUGAGGAUGAAGAACCUCUGCUCCCAGAUUUCUGUCCGAAGCGACGUCCAGGGCCACAGCUUAGGGAAACAACACGCACUCCCUUGCAGUUAUUUCAGCUGUUUUUUACCUCUUCUGUCAUCCAGACAAUCGUUAGAAACACCAACAGCUAUGCUAAGAAGAAGGCAGAUGUUUCGAAGAAGCUCAGCUGGGUUCCUCUCACAGUAAAUGAGUUUUACUCCUAUGUGGCGUUGGUUCUGUACAUGGGCUUGGUAAAGGCAGACUCUCUAAUGGACUACUGGACAAAAAAACGACUAUACAGGUUUUCAUACCCACGAUCCAUCAUGUCCCAAAUGAGAUUCCAGGCCAUCUUUUGUAAUCUUCACCUGUGUGACCUUCAAGAAGAUGAGGAGAACGACAAGAAAAGAGGCACCCCGGAUUAUGACCGUCUGCUGAAAAUCAAACCUCUGUAUACAGACAUUCUUUCGGCGUGUAGGGCGUACUUUCACCCUAACAGAGAGAUUUCAGUACGUGAGAGAUUGCAUACUUCAAAAACUAGAAUGGGACCAACCAAACCGGGCUACAGGCUCUUUGUUCUUGCCGAUUUGUCUUCUGGAUACAACUGGAAUUUCUUCGUAUAUGACGGAAAGAAUUCCACAUCACCAGGAAAAGGCAUCCGUUAUAAUUCCGUAAUGAGACUGUUGGAUCUCAAGUUCCUCGGUAACGGUUACAAGUUGUAUACAGACACUUUGUACACCAGUCCAACUCUCUACCGAGAUUUAUUGCAAAAGGACAUCCUCGCGUGUGGGCCUCUACGUCGUACCUUUAGUUUACCAGAGGUUAAGGUUUUGAGCGAGAGCGCUGAUAGAGGUUCGAUCCGCUGGUGUCGUCAAGGUCGACUUCUGUUUGUCAGGUGGACGGAUAAGAGAGAAAUCGUCACGUGUUCCACCAUGCACAAGGCGUUUGCGGGCGACUUCAUCAGUAGGACAGUCAAGGAUGAUGACGGUGUGUGGAAUCUGCGUCAAAUACCUGUUCCACCUGCCGUGAAAGACUGCAAUAAAUACAGAAGCGAUGAGGACUCUUGCAACGCCCUAAUAUGGUAUUACAACAUCCUUUACAAAACCAAGAAAUGGUACAAGACAUUCUUUAUCCAUUUUCUUGAAAUGGCAGUGGUGAACUGUUAUGUUAUUCACCAGCACUUGGCAAAGGCUCAGAACGAGACCCCUUUGAGUGAGAAAGUGUUUAGGGAAACGCUUAUAUCCGAGUUGCGACGUGCCGGCAGAGGCAAGAGAUCCUCUGCUCCUGCCACAAGAGACCCAUCCAACAAAAAGCCGUCACCAUCGGCCUUAUCGGCUCCGACUGAGAGAUGCUUGCCCCAGCAUUUCGGUUCACAUGUUACAUCUGAGAAGAGACAGUGUGUCAGAUGUAAACUUUCAGGACAUAAAGUCAAGACAAACGUAUGGUGCUUGCACUGCAAGGUGGCCUUGUGCUUGGUGCCCUCAAGGAAUUGCUUUCAGAAAUGGCACAUUGAGGGACACUCUUCAGUUUGAUGAUCAUGAGCGCAUUUGUUGUUUUAUAUGAUGGUGUUAGUGCUUGUAUAGUAAUGGAUCCAUUUAGUGUAAAUAAAACGUGUAUGUUUUUAUUCACAUUUUUUAGAGAAUAGCUGUGACUUUUUAAAGCUACUUUGUGAAAUGUUUUGUCGUUGCUGAUGUGACAGUUUUACUGAGUUGUCCGUUCACAUUCAUUUUGAAUGAAGUUCAUUCCAGGCCCUAAAUGUUCUGCUAAGUAAAACAACUUGGAUGAAAAUCAUUAAUGGACAUUUGUCACACAUGUCAUAUGCUUAAAGUUGUAUUUGUGUGUUUUGUUGAUGCACUCCAUUAUAUUCUUGACAAGUUUCAGUAAAAAAGUCUUUUAAAAAUUUA